CAUUUAUUACGCGCACAUCGCCAUGCUUGACAUAUGGUGAUAAACACUCUUCAAUUGGGCUCUCUUUCUCAACACUUGGAAGCGAUCAACCACCGCCAGACUUCGUUCUACGUCACGUCUUGGCAACCAACUUACACAACAAAGACCUCACUCCGCCUCAACAACCCUCGCAGGCCACGUCAACUGGGCAACAGACAACCCAACCACAGAGAGCUACCAAACCACUCUAUCCUUCCGAGCAGGAAUCACCAUGUCCACCUCUCGGUCUUCAACCUCCUCCUCAUUCACCCUCUUCCCCUACCUCCCCCCAGAACUCCGCCUCCAAAUCUACCGGCACUCGGCCCAUCCGCGCGUGACGACGCUCACAUACCACUUCCCAACCAACACCUUCACCUGCUCAACCCACCCACCACCCCUGCUGCACAUCUGCCACGAGUCCCGCGCCGAGGGCCUCCGCCUGUACACCAAAUGUUUCCUCCUCCCCUUCCCAGACGCAGCAGACCCGGAGGACCCAAGUAGUGCCCACCAACCACUACACGUAUCAGCAGCACCAGCCGACAACAAGCAGGAGAAGCAGAAGAAUGGAAGGGAAGAAGAAGAAGAAAAAGGUGGGAGGUAUUUCUACCACCACCCAGACCUAGACACGCUCUACCUCCCGCGGCCGCCCCACCCCUCCGCGGCAGACCCUCUCGGGCUGGGCUACGCCGACUGGGCGCGCGACUUUGCCAUCCGGCUACCCCACGUCGCUGGCGCGGUGCGCCGGUUGGCGGUGGAUUACAUCCGGCCCGAGGUGCGGCGGCCGUGGGAGGUGUAUAGCAAGGUGUGUCUGAUCCGGGGGUUCUUGCCUAAGUUAGAAGAGGCGUUCAUGGUUAUCUCGUCCUCGUCGUCGUCGGGGAUAAGUGGUGGUGGUGAUGAUGGUGAGGAAGGAAGGGGAGAAGCAGAAGGGGCAGAAAUAGAGCUCAUUGAUCCCCGCGGGGAUACGGAAGAGAUUAUGGGGAUCAUGGAGCGGGUGAGGGAGUCGUUUCGGGUGGAGGUUGGGGAUGGGUUGGGGCUGGGGCUGGGGCUGGGGUUCGUUGGGCAAGAGGAUGGUGGUCGUGGUGAUGGGCAAAAAUCGGGAGGGGGGCUGGAGUUGAGACCCAAGUCGAAGGUGCCCAGUGCGUGGGUGUGUCCGCCUGCUUCGGUUACUUGUGCGUGGUGAUGCGCCGUGUUUGGUUGAGGGAAUUGGCGGCGAUAGUGAGUAAUCCCCGAAGGAACUUAUUCAGGAUACUGAGCAUAGGAUGAGAGGUCUUCCGCAAGGCUCUUGAAGCACGCCGUAAUGAGGCAGGCAGGGUAUAUAUUGUAUAUACAAUAGAAGAAUCCAACAUGUACAAUCAGUUAUUGCCUGUUCUCGCCGUAGCCAUUCGUCCAGUCCGCAUUAGUAGCCCAAGCUAGCCCUCUAUGAUUCGGCGAUC